AUACAAUCAUACAAAUCUAUCCAAUUUAAAACACGAGUAAAAUUCCAAAUAAAAAUGUAUAAAACCUCCCAUUUCAGUUCCCAAACAAAACCUUAAAGAAAUAAAAGUAAAAUUCUUAACUCUUUAGCCCCAAAAUGGCUAAUAAUAUGAUACUAUUAUGUUUAACUCUGUUUUGUCAAAGCUUAAUUAGUAGAAUAUUAGCCACUAAUCCUGAAAUUUCUCAGAUUUCAAGCCAUCAACAUCAAAAAAAUCACCCAGAGAUUGGUGUUUAUGAGCUUAAGAAAGGGAAUAUCAGUGUUAAGCUCACUAAUUAUGGUGCUAUUGUCAUGUCCGUCAUUAUUCCUGACAAACAUGGAAAGCUGGCUGAUGUUGUUCUCGGGUAUGACUUGGCGAGGGACUAUGUGAAUGAUACAACAUACUUUGGUGCUAUUGUGGGCCGAGUCGCUAACAGGAUCAGCGGUGCGCAAUUCACUUACAAAGGGGUAAUCUACAAACUCAUUCCAAAUGACGGGAAAAACAGUAUUCAUGGUGGCCCAAAAGGAUUCAGUCGCGUUAUCUGGGAUGUAGAUCAGUACUAUCCGAAUGAUCCUUCUCCUUAUGUUAGGUUCAGUUACUUCAGUCCUGAUGGAGAACAAGGUUUCCCGGGUAAUCUUAAAGUAAAAGUGACAUAUAAGAUAGUCGAAGGAAGGCAUCUGUCUAUUGCAAUGGAAGCAGAACCUUUGAACAAGGCAUCUCCAGUUAAUCUAGUCCAACAUACGUACUGGAAUCUUGGAGGCCACAACAGUGGAAACAUUUUAUCACAUGAAGUUCAAAUAUUUGCUUCCCAAAUCACUCCUGUAGAUGAUCAACUCAUCCCAACUGGCAAAUUCGAGCAAGUUAAGGGAACACCAUUUGAUUUUCUCAAAUCCCAUGCUGUUGGAAACAAGAUUACUGAUCUUCCAGGAGGAUAUGACAUAAAUUACGUGGUUGAUGUGGCUAAAAAGCAUGGUCCUAUGACAAGAGUUGCUGUUGUAAAUGAGAGAAAAUCAGGGAGGAUAAUGGAGUUGUGGGCAAACAAGCCUGGAGUACAGUUUUAUACUAGCAACACGCUGAGUGCGACAGGUAAAGGAGGAUAUGUUUAUGGACCUCAUGCUGCUUUGUGUUUGGAGACUCAGGGGUUUCCUGAUUCAGUUAAUCAUCCAAAUUUCCCUUCUGUGAUGGUUGCACCUGGUGAAAAGUAUAACCAUCACAUGUUGUUCAAGUUUUCGACCAUCAAGUGAUCAGUUAAUGGAAAGAUGGAUCCAAGAAUUCAUGUCUUAAUUACAACGUUUAACUCUGUUUGUUGUCCAGUCUUGAGUUUCAAUAUGAUAGGCAAUUCUGUUUUCCCUGCACUUUGUUGUUUAAUAGACAGCAUGCUUCAAUAAAAUUGGCUCGUCUAACAAAUUUCACCCGUGAA